AUGAACGAGACGAUCGCGCCCCCCGACGAGACGGCCGCGGCCGAGCCCUCCACGGAGCCCUCCGCCGAGACUGCCGCGCCCGCCGAAACGCCCGCCGCCGAGCCCACCACCGAGCCUGCCGCGGAGCCCGCUGCGCCCGCCGCAAGCGACUCGACCACCCCGGCCUUUGGUGAGGCGGCGGGCGAGCCGGCGUUCGGCGCUGCGGUGAGCGAGGCCGGCGGCGCCGAUGGCGCCCCGGCGCCAUCCUCCGAUCCCGCGGCGGCGGGUAUCACGCCCGCGGCGCCCGCCGAGCUCGCCGCCGCGACGGCCGCUGCGGGCGGUGGGCUCGGAGGGCUCGGGGUCGGCCUCGGGGGCAUGAUGGGGGCGAUGCCGGGCAUGCCGGGCAUGCCGGGCAUGCCGGGCAUGCCGGGGAUGGGCGCCUACGGCAUGCCCGGCCUCGGAGGCAUGCCGCCCGGCAUGGUGGGGCUCGGCGCCUACGGGAUGGGCGCCCUCGGAGGGUACGGCGGCGCCCCUCCGCCGAUGACAGCUCCGCCGCCAGACGGGACGAGCGCUGCUGCGCCGGAGGGGGGGUGGGCGCGGCUGAUCGAGGGGUACCCGGCGUGGUCGAACGCCGCCGUCGCGAUCGGCAAGCGCAUGCAGCAGCUCGAGGCGCAGCCCGGCGUCGUGCGGCACGACCUCAAGGUAGCCAAGCCCCUCGUGGGGAGGCUGAUCGGGGUGGGGGGGGCGACGUACCGCGAGCUGCAGCAGCGGACGGGCGCCCACCUGUUUGUGCUCGACAAGGAGGGGCCGCCCCCCGGCUGGGGGGACGACUCGCGGCUCGUCACCCUCAUGGGCUACGACGUCCAGUCUGACUACGGCACCGCGGGCCCGCAGGAGAACCCGCAGAGCACGGGCGGGAUCGGUCAGAUCCUCGUCAACGGAUGGCCGACUGUGGCUGAGCCUGCGGGGCGGCGGAUGAUCUCGCUCGGCGCCGACCCGAACGUGGUGCGGCACGACGUCGCCGUCGGAAAGGCUUACGUCGGCCGGCUGGUCGGGCGAGGCGGCACGACGUACCGCGAGCUGCAGCAGCGGACCAACUGCCACAUCUUCAUCCUAGACAAGGAGGGACCCCCCCCCGGCUGGGGCGACGACCUGCGGCUCGUCUGCCUGAUGGGGCAGGAGGGGCCCGUCGCAAACGCCCUCUCCGAAGUCACAAAGCUGCUCGCGACGGCCAACCCGCGCCCGCCCGCUUCGGUGCCCGGCAGUGGCGGCCUCUCGCAGAGCGCAAACUCCGGCUACGCCAACCCGCCGCCGCCAGCGGCGCCGCAGCCGCAGCAGCAGCCCUCCCUCGACUACAGCAGUUACGGCGCCGCUGCCGCGGACCCCGCUGGCUACGGUGCCGCGGCCUACGGCGGCCAGCCCGCGGCCGCGGACGCCUACGGCCAGCAGUACCAGGCGCAGCAGCAGUACGCCGCCUACGGGCAGCAGCAGUACCCGGGCUACGACGCUCAGGCACUGAUGCCGACUGGCGACCUCCUCCUGUUGGUGAACGCGAUGUUUGGAGGCUCCCAGUAUUGUGUGGCGGACUCGGGAACACGGGCCGGACGCAUGCAGCGGUAG